CGCACCCGCCGAGGGAGCAGCGGCGAAGGGAAGCGGUGGGGAGCGGAGGGAGGCGGGCGCAGCCGUGCAGGAGGGAGGAGCGGGCGGCCGGGAGCAGCCAAUUCGGGGGACUCGUCCAUUUUUCGGCGUGAGUCAGGCACGUCGGUGGGGUGAUGCUGCGGCGCCGGGCAAGGGCCGGGCUAGCCGCGGGGAGCGGCCCGCCCGCUCGGGCCCGCAGUCUCGGCCGUGCCGGCGCUGCUGCGGAGCGUAGCGGUGCUUCCUCUUUCCCGUCCCUCGCCGGGGCCGGCGCCAUGGCCGGGGGCGCCAGGCCUGCCGCUCCCUGACACCCGCCCGCCCGCGGAGGUACCGCGCCCGCGGAUGCGGGGGCCGCGCAGGGACAGCGGGACGGGCUGAGGGGGCCGCGGGCUGCUGCGUGCGGGACCGCUCCGGGCAGCGGAAGGGAAGGGAAGAACUGCCCGUGCUCCGGGCGGAGCUGCCCGCUCCUCACGGAGCCUGGCAAGGAAGGGCUGCAGGGAGCGUCUUGGCGUUUCGUGCUUCGUCAGCCCGGCAGUGUUUUAGCUUUGGUUCCGUCUUGCUCCUACCUGUUCCUGGAGAAGAGGUUCCCGCCAUGUCUCGCUACAGCCUCCACAACCUCCUGGACUGGAUGUACGGCGGGGUGGACCCCAGCUUUGCCGGCAAUGGAGGGCCGGAAUGCGCCGCCUUUCUCUCCGGCCAGCAGCGCUUGCUGGAGAGUUUGGUCUUCCUCAGUGUGGGCACCGUGGAGAUCCUCGUGUCCCUGUGGAAGCUCAGGCAGCAGCAUGUCCAGGAGCUGGAGAAGCUGCUGCAGCAGCCCCAGGCUAAGCAGGAGAGCCUGGGCAAGAACGUGCUGCUGGUGCUGCUCUGCCUCAUCUUUGGGCUGGAGGUGGGGUUCAAGUUUGCCACCAGGACUGUCAUUUACCUCCUGAACCCCUGCCACGUGGUCACCAUGAUGCAGAUUUUUCUUCUUGCCUGUCCCCCAUGUCGGACUGCAAUGAUUCUCUUCAGGUUGCAGAUGCAUAUGCUGAAUGGGGCCCUCUUAGCAUUGCUGUUUCCUGUUGUUAAUACACGCCUGCUUCCAUUUGAAACAGAGAUUUAUUACAUCCAGCAUGUGAUGCUCUAUGUCGUGCCCAUCUAUCUGCUGCACAAAGGAGGUAUCUACACCCCUGAACCGCUCUGCAAUUUCUGGUGGGCUCUUUUAUCCACGGGGUUUAUGUUUGUGUAUCAUUUUAGCAUCUUGCAGAUCCUGGGAUUGGUGACAGAAGUGAAUUUGAACAACAUGUUGUGCCCAGCCAUCUCAGAUCCUUUUUAUGGGCCCUGGUACCGAAUCUGGGCAUCUGGACAUCAGACUGUCAUGACCAUGACUCAUGGGAAGCUCAUAAUCCUGCUGUUUCACAGUGCUGUCCCCACCUUCAAAUGGAGCAUGGACUUGCUUAGACUCCCAGCUAAGAAAAUAGACUGAAAUUUCUCCCCACAGAGUAGUUCAUACAGGAAGCAGAGAUAUACUGGAAAACAAAGAGGGGGGAUGAGAGGACAAUGGCUUUAUACUUCUUCCCACAGUUUUUUGCCUCAAAAACACCUCUGUAAUGAAGUGAGGUUUUUUUUUACCUGAUGUUUCUCACUGCCUAUUGCCAAUGGCAAAAUUAGUGGCCUUAUUCUGGGGAAGGUUCAUGUUUUAUACAUUUUGUAUAGAUUACAGUAGAAUCUUGCUAAGCCACCAUUUAAAAUUAGGCCAGGACCUGUCCACAUUCCAGCAGAGAGAGUGCCAGUGCUACCUCGUUUUGACUCAUUUUCCAUUAAAGAAUUGUACAGGAUUGUAUUCCCUGUACUUCUAGGACAGGAAAUAAUGCUGAAUUGUAGCACUCCACUGAUGUGAACCAACAUGCUGAACUGCAUCACCUGGCUUAACUCUUAAGGCUUGAAUGUUCCAAAAUGGUCACAGGAAAUCAUGCACACUUAAUCUUCCAAUCAGAAGUGCAAAACAGUGAGGUUCUACUGUAUUUUCUUCAAGCUGGUUGAAAAUACUGGGGAACAAUAACUCAUUAAAAAAAUUAAUCAACCACUUAAUUUCUAAGCUGCAGUGGAUAAGUACCUAUCUAGUGAAGUCCCAUCAUGAUGCUUUGGAGAUGCUUUUAUUUUGGUGAGGGGAAAAAAAGAAUGUUGAAAUAAUUUUAAAAGACCAUGUUAGGUAUAGGCCAUGAUAAGAUAUUGCAUCCACUGUUAUGUCCUGACUUUGAACAAAAUGGUUUUUUUUUCACUUACCUUAGACUGGAGAAGGAGUGGAGAUACAGAGUCCAGUAUAAACAUCAGGGGUUGUUUUUUUAUACUUAGUAGCUUUUGAAACAUUCCUGCUUCAUCUAUGCUGAUCCUCACUGACCAGACUGGGUGGUGAAGAAACUGAAUGAAACUCUGUUCUCUCCCUACAGCUCUGCUAUAUCAUGUGCAUUGGUUUUAAAAUAAGGUAUUGAAAGGAAUGUCAAAUCAGUGCAGGCCUCUACUGCAAAGGGCAUGUUCCAGUUUAGUAGCAUGUCUUUUGGAGAGCAGGAUGGAGAUGGGCAGAAUGGUCAACUGCGUGUACCUGCUCCAGUUUUGCAGGAGGAGAAACACUGGGCAGAAAGAUAGAAAAUCCUGACUGUGUUCUUCCAGAAUUGUGAGUCCAUUAUGCAGACUGUUGUGUUUCAGGGCUGCAGAUUUUUCUUGUACAGAAGUUUGGGGGAAUUGAUAGAUUGUGUUGUCAAAGCUGUGACUUGCAAGAUAAACCAAAACCAUCAUACCUCCUCCAGCUGGAUCACCUGAAGGUAUGUACUGAAGUUAAGGUACAGAUGUUUAUACCUCAGGAAACAAAAGUAAGUUGACUUUUUUUUUUCCCCCCCUUAAAAAAGAAAAAAAAAAUUAUUUUAUGAGGAAACAAGUGGUUACUUCAAAUAUUUUUACUCUACAUGAUUACAAAAGGUACACCUCUAUCAGAAAUACCUUGUCCCAUAUUCUGAUUUACAAAUUGGUUUCUGGCAUUCUUCCAUGCCUUGCUCUGUGUGUGUAUAUACAGAAAUAUACUGUAUGCUCACAACUUGAGAACAUGCAGCAUGUACCUAAACUAUCCCUCAGGCAUAUACAGCUGGUGUAUUACAAUAGAAGGACUUUAGACAAA